UUAAAGUCAGGACGUAUUCUCCUCGCCAAAAAUGAGAUUUUAUUUAUUUUAUUUACUGGGUUUACUCAGUGUGACAAGUUUAACCAAUGCUGCCAGCAAUCUGAUCUGUUAUUAUGACUCGGCCUCGUAUUUGCGGCAAGGUUUUGCAAAAAUGCGUCCAACUGAAAUCGAUUUGGCGUUGCAGUUUUGCACCCACUUGGUUUACGGAUACGCGGGAUUGAAGCCAGCAACUCUUGAGUUAUUUAGCUUAAAUGUGGACCUGGACAUGUUCUACUACAAGGAAAUUACUAACCUGCGCCAGAAGUAUCCUCAACUGAAAAUUCUCCUCAGUGUGGGUGGUGAUCGUGAUGUGGAUGAGGCUCAUCCCAACAAGUAUAUAGAGCUGCUGGAGGCCAACCGCACUGCUCAGCAGAAUUUCAUUGAUAGCAGCAUGAUUUUGCUAAAAAGAAAUGGUUUCGAUGGCCUUGAUCUAGCUUUCCAACUGCCACGCAAUAAGCCCAGAAAAGUGCAUGGUUCUAUUGGAACCUAUUGGAAGUCCUUCAAGAAACUCUUUACUGGCGACUUUAUUGUGGAUCCCCUCGCGGAGCAGCACAAGUCACAAUUCACCGAUCUCGUGGGAAAUAUUAAGAAUGCUUUCAGAUCUGCAAAUCUUAUGUUGUCUUUGACUGUGCUGCCCAAUGUGAAUUCAACUUGGUACUUUGAUGUCCCCAAACUGCAUCCCCAGUUUGAUUAUAUCAACCUGGCUGCCUUUGACUUCCACACGCCUUUGCGUAAUCCCGAGGAGGCCGACUACACAGCUCCGAUUUUCUUUUUAGACGAAGAGAAUCGUUUGCCCCAUUUGAAUGUCGAGUUCCAGAUAAAUUACUGGCUCCAAAAUCAGUGUCCUGGCCAAAAGUUAAACUUGGGAAUAGCCAGUUACGGAAGGGCUUGGAAAUUAAGCACGGGAUCAGGAUUGAGUGGAGCUCCAGUUAUUCACGAGACAUGUGGACCGGCACCUGGAGGUAUACAAAUUGAGAGUUCCGAGGGUCUGCUUAGUUGGCCAGAGAUUUGCUCCAAGUUGUCGCAGAAUUCAUCGGCUCUAUAUAGAGGAGAAACAGCGCCUCUUCGCAAGGUCACAGAUCUAACCCAAAAAUACGGAAACUAUGCCCUUCGACCAGCGGAUGAAAAUGGAGAUUAUGGUGUCUGGCUGAGUUUUGAUGAUCCUGACUUUGCUGGAAUAAAAGCAGGAUAUGCCAAGGGCAAGGGACUCGGAGGACUUGCUAUAUUCGAUUUAAGUUACGACGAUUUCCGGGGACUCUGCACUGGCCAGAAGUUUCCCAUUGUGCGAUCGAUAAAGUACUUCAUGGGAUAGAGAAUUGCCUUUGUUACUGUUCAUAGCUUAAUAUA